UAUGGACCCCAAGGUAUCUAUGAAAAAUAACGACCAUGAUCAGCCACGAGGAUAUAACGAACCGGAAGAGGCGGGAAGUAGUCCUGACAACACGGAAGCGAAUAUUAUGAAAUGCUACACCGGGGUCAUUCGGAAUGUUUUGUUUAGGCUUCGUUCAAACCGGAGCAGUUUAUGUUUCUGCGUGCAGAGCUUCAGUAGCUUCACCUCAUCCGAGGACACAGUCUUCCUUCAGCUGGGUAACAAGGUUAUUUACAUCACAGAACCUCAGGCAUGUGAUGAUUUGAGCAAGUGGACAUUGUUGCUCGGCUCUUCUUUGGUUAAUGCUCCAAAACUAGAGAACAUCGCUUUUAUUAUAGAAGCUACAACAAAACAGAAAGCUGUACACUCUCCUCCAACACCAAACAAGAAGGCACUGAAUUGGUCCGACUAUUGCCUUCCUCUGGCUUUCAGCCCAGGACAGCCCUACAGGGCUGUGGCUGAAGCGAGCCUGGACAACUUCAGCACUCUUGGAGUGGCUUUCCUGGAAGAUCGACUGCAAAUGGAAAAUGGCCUCAUUCCUGAAAAAAUAGUUUCGGUGUUGCUCAGGGAAUCUGCACUGAAAGAACUCCUUGAGAAGCAGCAGUUAGGCCUGGAGAAAAAGCCUGACCCAAUUCUCAGCACUACAAAAGAUACUGUUUCAUCCUUGGCUUUUCUGUGUGAAAAGAGGGGUGAAAACAUUGCACAGGAACUCGAGAACAGCACAUGUGGAGCAUUGUACGGCCAGCAGGUGGAACCAGAGCACAAGUCUGAACACAAUCACAUGGAUGGCCACCAUUUGCACCUCUCCAGCUGCCACGAAUGCCUGGAGCUGGAGAACAGCACCAUCCAAUCAGUGAAAUAUGCCUCGGUCGAGAAUAUCCCAGACCUGCCUGAUGAUUACACGGAUACUGACGUAGAGGAGGAAGAAAGCGAGGGGGUCUCAGCCUGGAGAAGGUUUGACAAUACAAACAGCAAACCUCCCAAUGUGCUUGUGUACACAGAUGGCUGUGAGGAGCGCUACAGACGUGUGCACUCACUUCUGGCUGAAUGCAUCGACACUGACCGCUAUGCUAUUUACCCCCUGCGGCUGCAGCAGGCACUUGAAGAGCCAUGGCUAGAAAACACUCUGCUCUUGGUGCUGGUCACAGAAGAAACACUCACACCUGAGCUGCAGCUGCGCUUUCUGACAUUCUUAGGCCAGGGUGGUAAAGUUCUGGGUCUGUCUUGUUCACUGUGCCCAGCCGGGCUCAGGCUACAUUCUCAGGAGGAGCAACGAGGCCAAAUCUGCAGCAUGAAUUUCACUAAAUCUGAUAGCACUGAGGUACAGUUAAGCGUGUUAGCCAGUGGGAAAGUUUAUAUACGUGAACCGCAUGAUGCUAGCAGUGGAGAGGUGGAGUUGUGGGGAGAGCUGAGCGCCAAGGACGAAGACAAGAAGGACAUGGUUAUUGUCAGAGUCACUCAUGGUGACGAUGGUGGAGAAGCUGUACUGUGUCAGGUGCAUUUGGAGUCAGCUCCAGACUCUGAACAGGUACAGGACAGUAGAGGCUUCUCAGAGCUGAAGAUGAGUAAUGCGAAGCGUUAUGAGGUCCUGACAGAAAUCCUCACCUCUCUAGGCCUUAGUUGUGAACUGAAGCAGGUGCCUCAACCAAGCCCCAUUUACUUGCUUUCAACCCAGACAAAGCUGAAGAAUGCAUUUGUGCGCUGGUUGAGAGAGCAUGUGGAUGGCAAGGGCACUGUGCAUGCUCAGAAGACCAGCCUAAGGGUGAUAUGGGGCCAAGAGGAGCCGAGCGAGUUAAGUGACGGAGAGCUAGCGCUGCACACCGAGGCCCCAGAAUUCCUCUCUGAGCAUUUCAGUAUGGAGAUAUACAUGCAACACCUGCAGAGCCAGCGACUGGGGCACACGCUGCUCUACGCUGAUGUUACACCUACCACCAUGGACCUGCUAGAGGGAUUGAUGUUGCAGUUACCAGAGGAUAUGGGGUUAAUUGCUGUGGCAGCACGUCAGACUAAGGGCAAAGGCCGAGGGGGGAACGUGUGGUUAAGCCCGCUGGGUUGCGCCAUGUUCACGCUGCACUUGCAGGUAGAGGUGAGAUCCCGACUUGGCCAGCGAAUCCCCUUCCUGCAGCACCUGGCUGCUCUAGCUGUUGUUGAGUCUGUACGUACACUGCCUGGAUAUGAGGACAUUGACCUGAGGGUGAAGUGGCCCAAUGAUAUUUACUAUGGGAACCUGAUGAAGCUCGGGGGAGUGCUGGUCACAUCAAGUAUGAUGGGAUCCACCUUUCACCUCCUCAUCGGUUGUGGGUUUAAUGUGAGCAACAGUAACCCUACCAUCUGCAUUAAUGACCUGGUGGUUCAGCAUAACCGUGAGCGAGGGAGCAAGCUGAGUCCUCUAAGCCCAGCACAGCUCAUCGGCCGCUCUGUCACUCUGCUAGAGCAGCUCAUUUCUGACUUUCAGCUAUAUGGCCCUGAAGCAGUUCUACCCAUUUACUACAAAAGAUGGGUGCAUGGGGGAACAAAGGUACGGUUGUGGAGUGAGGACGGUCCUGAGGCUGAGGUGGUGGGACUGGAUGAUCACGGCUUUCUGCAGGUGAGAUCUCAAGACCAGGGUCUGGUGUCUGUCCAACCUGAUGGAAACUCCUUCGACAUGAUGAGAAACCUGGUCGUCACCAAGCACAACUAGACUCCACGUACACACACGGUGGUUUCAGGCUGUACCAUACCUUAUAAACACCAGGAAAUAAAUCUCCACAUCACAAGAGUCACUUAUAACUGAGUACUGGGAGCCUGUAAGCUGUAACUAUUAUGUUGUUUUGCUGCGUCAUCUACAUAAAAACCUGACAUUAAAUGGAUUAGAUUUAUAAAGAAAGGUCCGAACAGACCUCGGAUUAGGACUUUUGUGUCGAGUUUAAUAUAAAUCGAGUUGUUAUUGCUAGGCAAAGCUUAGGCUGCAAGACAUUUAAGUUGCUUUGAAGAAAAGACUAACACUGAUUGAACUAAAUAAGAUCUUAACAUGCCUGAUUAAGUUUUAUAGGUUUAUUCACGGAUUCUGAUUGUUUUGAUGUGAGAGUCUUCAGUUUACUAUAAAAAGUGCAGCGUUCUAAAUAUACAUUUUGCAACUUUUUUCUCUUUGCAUGCUACAACAAAUGGUGAUCAGAUUGUGUAUGUUUGCUUUAAAAAAAAACUAAAUUGUUUAGUGGUUUCUUUUUUACGCAUUUAUAUGCUAAACUACAGCACUUAACGAGACUAUUUAAUUACUUGACUUUUUUUGUGAUUAUAUGUAACAGAACUUAAGUGUACUUAAUAUUUUGUGAUCAACAGAUUGUAUACAGAUGUGAAUUUCCAUAAGUCUCUGAGAAGUCCUUCCAGUGUUUUAUAGUAUCAUUCAUCCCAAUAAAAAGAAUGUAUUGCCUGAAUAGCUAA